GCGGAGGCGGCAGUUGGGGUUUCCUCGGCCGGGCAGAGCUGGGCAGGGCCGGGAGGUGAAGCGGCAGCAUGGAGCUGGGAUGGCUGCUGUGGGGCGCGGCCGUGCUGUUGCUGCUCCACGUCUUGAUGGAGCUCAGCCCCGCCGUCAACUUCGCUGUCCGCAUCGGCUUCUACUGCCUGCUGUGCUUGGUCAGCUCGGCGCUGACGGCCCCGGUCUGCCUCCUCGUCAACGGCGGCCGCACCGUCAAGAACAUGAAAAUCAUCAAAGCUGCGGUCAAAACCUUCAAGUAUUUAUUUGGCCUAAGGUUUGAGGUGAAGGGACUGGAGAACUUCAACGUGGAUGGUCCUGCUAUCAUUGUAUCCAACCACCAAAGCAUCCUGGACAUGAUGGGCCUGAUGGAGAUCCUGCCUGACAAUUGUGCCCAGGUGGCCAAGAAGGAGCUGAUGUACGCUGGCACUGUGGGGCUCAUCAUCUACCUCGGUGGAGUCAUCUUCAUCAACAGGAAGCGCACCAGUAGUGCCAAGAUGGUGAUGUCAGAGGUGGCCAAGACCAUGGCAAGUGACAAAGUGAAGGUGUGGGUGUACCCUGAGGGCACAAGGAACUGCACGGGGGAUUUGCUGCCAUUCAAGAAGGGAGCAUUCUACCUUGCUGUCCAGGCACAGGUCCCAGUAAUCCCUGUGGUGUACUCCUCCUUCACUACCUUCUAUGACCCAAAGAAGCAUCUAUUUACAUCAGGAAAAAUCAAGGUUGAGGUUCUGCCUCCUAUAGAGACCAAAGGCCUGACCCCAGACGAUGUCACCGACCUCACUGACAGAUGCUUCCGCACCAUGAGGGAGACCCUCUUCAGGCUGUCAGGCCGGCCGAGUCCAAUGACUUCUGACUCUGGGAACAGCAUGGACUGGCAACCGGGGUGCUGAGCCAGCGCUGACGUUCCCUCUCGAGUGGAUUUCUCUCAUGGGUUCAUUAUCUCACAAUGAAACGUCUCCUUUCUCUGAACUUCUCAGGCAUCAAACUUAUCCUACCAAAGGGCUCAAUGACUAGAGAGGUGAGUUUUCCCCCAGCUCAGGCAGCUGGUGUGGGGUGGCAACGAAAGCCUGGCUGGGGACAGAGCUCGGCCCCAUGUCCCUGCACCAGGCAGAUAGUGCCAGCCCAGAUGGGACCCACCAGGCAGCAGUUUGUGUCUGCACAACCUUGUUGCUGCCCAAACAGGGCUGAGAAUCGGGUACAAAUCCAGCACCUGGCUCUUCAGUAACACCCUCCCUGGGCAGCUGGGAGCCAUCAGGCACAGGGGAGCCUGGGGGCUGUCUCUGUGGCAGGGCCUGUCUCCUUGAGAGACACCCUUGGGUCAGAGCAGCAUCUUGUGCUGUAGCUUUGUGUUGCCCAGGUGCUCCUGAGCCAAGUUUUUUCACUUCUGAAGGAAGCACCAUGGUCCUGUGACCUCACCUGGGCUACAGAGGGGAAUGUGUGGGGCCAGUCAGCCUUGUAGUGCUCCUUUGGACUUGACUGUCUUGUCAGAACAAGCACCCUUGAGGGGUGCUGCAGUCUGACUGAGCCAGCCUAAGUGGUCUGGGCAUGGUUUAGCUGUCCAGCCCUGCCAGUUCAGUCAUCUUCUGAACAAAAUCUCACACUUGUUCCUACACUCAAAGCCACCAGCUUGACUUCAGAAGCUUCACAGAUCUGUCACAGUCCUGGGUGAACCUGUCCUCACGUGUGACCUGUCUGAGGCACACACCCUGCGUGAUGAGCACCUGGGUCGGCUCAGAGCUUCCUUGGUGUUGGGAAACUGCUGCCGGGAAAAAUUGCUGCCAGCUCCUUGCUGUGGUGGUGGCUUGACCUGCUUACAGCACCAUCCUGGUGCCUGGGGUACGCCUUGCAGAUGAGAAGGGCUCUCUGGUGCUUGUCUUGCUACUUGUCAUGGUCAGCACUGACCAAAAGAUGGUGCCUAUCCUGCAUGUCUUUACUGAUCUCGGUGGAGCUGCUGCUCUGCGAGGCUGUAAAACUCCUGCAGAGCUGCAGGUGGUGGAGGAGAUACAGCUAGAGUGGAACUGGGAAGGCCUCAGCUCUCCCUUGAGGGAAAAUUGGCUCCUCCUUCCCUUCACAUAAGAGUUUUUUUUCCUGUGCUCAGAAGUGGACCAGCAGCGCUCCUGGAGCCCUUGCUGGGAGCUGCCGAAGUGCUGAUGCCCUCUGCAAAAAGCAAGGCUGGGUCAGGCCCAUGGUUCCAGAAGUCACCUUCAGCUUUAGCUUGGGUUCAGAGAGGCUUUUGCUCUCCUGUUCCUGGCACAGGAUGUGUCACCUUUGAGAUCAGCCACCUAGGGCUACUGGAGUACCCAUCACAACUCUUUUUCUCUGUUGGAGGAAUUGUAAUCCUGGGGCAUUUUGGGGUUAAAGCCUCAACUGGGAAAGGCAGGGAGUUCCCAGAGAGCCUCCCCAAGAAAGGGAGCUCCUGGGCUGGUGGGGGCCAGGGGACUUUAUCAGAGGGGCCUUAAAAUUAUAGACUCAGGGUGAGACCUGCCAUGGGACAGGUCGGGGUGGGAAGAUGGGACCUGAACCAGCACUUUGUAGGUGUGGCAGAUAAAGGGCUGUCAUGGAGGUUAAACCCAGGAGGGUCCUGGGAGGGCUUCUGGCUGGGGGGAAUUAACCACAUCCAUGGAGUGAUUCCUGCAGUGUCCUUCCCUGGGAGGAGGGAGCAGUUCCUCUGUGUGCAGUUGUCUGCUGUUCACUUUUAAUUGGGUUGGAAAAUGAUGUUAUGUGCUUUAAACAAACAGACAAAAAACAAAGUACACCUUUGGUUAUUUAAA